CAAGCCUACAGGUAGCUUGAAGUAUCAUAUUGGUAGCGUUGCUACGAAUCUAACGUUACCUAACUGCGAACGAAGAGCAACACUCGCGAUUGCACGUCACCACCACCAUGCUGCGUACUCUGUCACAAGCAGCAUGUUUCAACAGUGGCCGGUUUUCUAGCAAGGGCGUCUCGCGCCUUUCCUUUACCACGGCGCCCAAGUGCUGGCUAAAACAACUACCUCCGCGACCUGGCCCGCCGCCCGAUUCCGAGAUCGAGGAGUUCUACCUCAAGGGCAGCGGCCCGGGAGGACAGAAGAUUAAUAAAACAAACUCGGCCGUCCAGCUGCGCCACACCCCAACCGGUAUUGUCGUCAAGUGCCAGUCGACGCGCUCAAGGGAUCAGAACCGCAAGGCUGCGCGCGAGAUUCUGGCCCAGAAGAUCGACGAGUUCCGCAACGGCGACCAGGCACGCUCGGCCAUUGUGGGCAGGAUCAAACAGAAGAAGUCGGCGAGUGCCGAUAAGAAGAAGCGUCGGAAAUACAAGAAACUCGAGGAAGACAGAGAAUCGGGAGCAGAGGCAGCUGUCGAGGGAGAAGCCGAGUCAAAUCUAGCUCAAGACCAAAGCGAGCCUGUCCAGGAGAGUACUAGGGACAGAGGUGCAGAUACCCCCAAAGCAAUCCCAUGAAGCGACCUCGCACAGUUACCCUGGACAUCACCGACACCAUACCGGACAUAAUCACACCUUGGUUGACCGAGUCUAGAACGAAAAGC